GAGAGUGUAACGAAGACUAGUAAGGAAGGGGGGAGGGAAAAAUAGUUAGAGUUGCGUGAAGGGCUGGGAGUUGACAUCAGGGCUUCACACUUGUCUGCUGAAAUGUGUCUCACUUUCUAGCAAGCUAACUAAGAAUAACGAGAGAGAGAGGGAGGGAGGAAAAAAUAGGAACUGAAAAGUUACAGCUGUGUCUGAGUGUAACUAUUCUCUCUCAGUUUCUCUUUCAUCCUUUUUUCAGACUGUUGAGCUGUCGAAGGGAAAGGAGAACUGUUGAAGACAGCCGUGGACUGGCGUCACCGCCCAGAGUUGUCACAGAGCUAAAGAUUGGACAUGGAUUCUCAGAUAAAGCUGCAGUUCAUACACUGACAUACUGUAAAUAGUGAUGCAAAUGUAUUCAAACGUUGAAAAGUCCCGAAGGAUUUUGUAACGAUGGAGGGCGACACAGAGAGCGAUGUUGACAUGCAGCCCAGACACGCCAAGGCCCAGACUGAAACUGAAACCACCAGAUCUUCCAGAUAUACCAACGGUCAGUGUGUGCUGGCAGUGCCGAGCUCAUCCAUGCUGGUCCCCGGCUUUGAUCUGACGAUUUGCAGGGCGCUGCUGGAGAAAGAGGGCUUCCAGAUUCCAGUGAGAGACUUUGAGAGCCCUUUAAAGACUGCUCUUGACCACGCGUCAGUCAGGAGAUAUCUGCUCUUCAACUCCUCCUUCUUCCACUUAAUCUUGGCUCCGGUGAUCUAUAUUGUGUUCUGGUGCGCAGUGUACUCCACCCUCCAUCUGUACCUCUCCAUCACAGACUACUGGGUGCUCUACCUGUCUGUCAGCCUAGUCUCCAUAUUACUCACCACUGCCAUAGUCCUUAGACUGCACAACAGCAACAAGAAGAUCAACAUGAACGUGGAUGUGCGUCUGAUCCAGGUAAACGAAAUGAUGAGCGCACACAAUCUGAUAGUGGGUGUGGCCGACUGGGUGCAGAACUGCACUGGGAAAUUACAGCUGUUCUGUGUAUACUGGGACAUGACCCGCUGUUUGAGGGCCCUGACUGAAACCGUGGAGGAUCUGAAGGCUGUGGGAGAGAACAAGGCCCAGAAGAAACUGAAGAAAAGGAUGUCCCAUCUCCUCUUGGUGUCAGAGGUCAUGAACCCUGACCCUGAGGUGGGUUCACGGGUCGAGGAGGGCUCUGAUGAAGAGAGGCCUUUGCUUCCGGAGCAGAAGGCGGACCACAAUACCUCCAACAGCCACCGGGAGGACACCAAACUCACCACCAACUACAGCCUCGUACCAGAACUCAGACUCCCAUCCCAGGCCGUGGCUCAGCAGCUCCUCCUCACAUACAGUGCAGCGUACGUCAAGCUGCUGGUCUCAGAGAGUCUGCCGGUCCAGAGUCGUGGGAGCCAGCUGUCCAGGAGGAGCCACUGCCCCAACGCCACCCUCUGCCUCUGUCAGUACAUCCAGGUCAGGGUGCUUCGCUGCUAGAGCCUCUCUGGAGGGGACACCCUGGAUUAUAUAUCCUCCUUUAUCAACCACUGUCACUAUACUACAUCCCAGAACACUGUAGGACAACCCUGCAUAUUUUCACUAAUGAUCACGCCCUGUUUCUGUUGAUGAUUUGUAAAAAACAAUAAAUAUAUUUUUUUUUUUCGA